AUGCGACGUCCUGAUUUUUUCAGGACGGCGCCCUUGGAGGUCCAGACCCUUUCCCCGGGGCCGGUUGUUCGUCCUGAUUCGUUUUUUGACGGCCCCGAGGCCCGGCGAGGGCCCCCAGGGGCCGAAAAUAGCGAAAAACUUCCCGUCCUGAUUUUUUAUGACGCCAUCAUGUCUGGAGCGUCUGCAGGACACUGCGAGCUGCACACCGGCGCCGAGCCCAGGGCAAAAUAUACAACACUGUGCGAGGAGCUUCGGGCGGCCUCACGCAGAGCGCGCGCGCGCGCGCUGGCGCCUGCCCCAUCCUGCGGCCCGCGGGCCUCCGUGCGGCAGGCCUUCGCGCUGUGCCGCUGUGCCGCAGAGGUUUCCCUACUCGUCCUCGUCCUCGUCCUC